GACGUCAGGGGCUGCCCCCGGGCGCAGCGCGCAGCCAAUGGCCGGCCGCCCAUGCUAAUGACAGCUCCUUAUAUGGGCACGGGUGACGUCAGCGCUUCGGGAGGCCGGGGCUUUCGCACGCAUUCACCUUUCAUUGUUGCAAUCCGCAUUCAGGCUGGGAGACUGGGAACUGGGACCUUGGAGCUGGUGGCUGGGAAUUGGGUUUGAGAGCUUGGAACUGGGUCUGGGGAGAGAUGUGAUGAGAUGUGUUGAACAACCCCCCUCCCCCCUCCCCAACUCUCUCACAUCAAGGGGAGGGGGACAAAAAGUACUUCGCUAGGACUUUUACCAAGAAGGCGAUCGAAAGGGAGUUUUAAAAAAACAAGUAGUGGCACCCGGCUCUCCUAAAGACUUGUUUCCAGAGUUUAAGGGUAAAAUGCUAUUGAUUCCAGAAAAGACAUUUCAGAUGCAAAGACGCAACAGGCUGGGAAACAAACGGUGAAAUUUGUGCUUGAGGACUUUAUUUUUGAACAGGUGAGGCCCGGUCCAGAAUAGAUGCCCACAGAGGCGAGUGAAGGCUUCAAGACGUUUCGGAGACUCGGGUAAACUUCUUCCCAAAACUGGGCCUUCGAAAGGAAGGAAGGAAGGGCGAUGACGGACAUGAUGAGCUUGAAGGAGACUUCGACCCGUCAGCUGCGGCAGAAGUUGGCCAGCCUGGGUCGCCUGGUGGACGAGCUGGAGGACGCCACCAGGAGCCUCCACCGGAUGGAAGACGAGAUCAUGGACUUGCAGGACAAGGUGAUCCAGGCGGAAGGCAGCAACUCCGGCCUGCUGUCCGAGGUGGACCUGCUGCGGAGGAGGGUGUUGGCGGUGGAGGGCAAGGACGAGGAGGUGCGGAAGGCGGAGGAGAUGUGCCGGCGGUUGAAGGAGAAGCUGGAGGGCGAGGCGCGGCUGAGCCGAGAGCUGAGGGCGGAGGUGGACAAGCUGCAGGGGCGGAUGGCUGAGCUGGAGAAACUGGAGGAGGCGUUCGGCCGCAGCAAGUCGGACUGCACGCAGCUGAGCCUCAGCCUGAACGAGGAGAAGAACCUGACCAGGAAACUGACCGCUGAGCUGGAGCUGCUGCGGAGCCGGGUGAAGGAGCUGGAGUCCACGGAACACCGGCUGGACAAGUCGGAGAAGUCCAUCCUGGCCGAGCUGGAGAAGUUGAAAUCCCUGACCGUGGUCCUGGCCGAGGAGCGGAAGGCCACGGGUGACACCCUGCAGGCCAGCGAGCGGCGCAUCCGUGAGCUGACCACCAAACUGGAGAUGACCAACAGGAUCAGCUCGGCGGACCAGGGCAAGAACUCCUCCAAUCUCAGGGCCAAUGUCAACGAGAAGACCUACGGCUACACGGGGGACCUCAUGAUCGAGGGGGACAUGUCCACUGAGCUGGGGAAGGGAGGAGGUCUGGACUCCAUCACCAUAUCGCACAACGUGGGGCUCAGGAAGAAGGUUGGACAGGAGGACAACAAGAUCAAGGAUCUCACGCAGGAGAUCGAGAGGCUGAAGAAGCGGCUGACCCUGCUCGAGAUGGUGGAGGAAGAUCUGAAGAAGACGGAGGCCAAACACAACGAGCUGCAGGAGAGGUUCCUGAGCGAGCAGUCUCUGGCCAAGCUGCUGGGCCACCAGCUGGAGGAGAUGAAGGAGCAGAUGUCCAGGGAGAGGGCAGUGGGCAACGGGGAGACGCAUUUGCCGCCGGAGACCCGCCACCGGUCCCGGCCGGACAAGCCAAAGUACCGGGGUGUGGCGGUGGAGGAACCGCCGGUGGUGGCCAAGGAGAGGUCCCAGGAGGUCUUCUCGUCUCAGCCCAGGUCCCAGAGGGAGAAGGUGAGAAACCGGGACCUGUUGCCGGAAGAUGACCACGGGGGGAAGGGAUACCGGCGGCCGCUCAGCCCCAGCGUGGGGCGGAGGUUCCAACGAGCGUCUUCCAACCCGCGGGCUGCGGCGGCCGCUCCCAGCGAGAGGAGAUCGGAGCAGAAGGCUCCCUCGCCCAGCCGGGAGCAGAAGAACCAGGAGCCGCUGCCGGAGAAGGCGCGGAAGGCACGGGACCCCCCAGCAGUGCUCAGCCGCUACCCGCCCGCGGCCAACGAGUCGAACGGCAAGAGACCUUGGGGCGCCCACGGUAAGGCCAGCGUGAACGGGACGAGGGGCAACAAAGCAGAGCUGGACGAUGGCGACUUGGAGCAGGCGGUGCUCUCCGACAGACAGAGAAAGGGGCUCAGCUACACGGAGACGCCCGGCCACGAGAGACCGGCCCCGGGGGAUGACGUCGGCGAAGAGCCGGCGCCCACGAUCACCGGCCUUCUCAACGGGACAUCGCCGGCUGGCAGGAACCACUCGGCCCCUCCGACCACGUCCGACAGCGGGGCCAGGAACUCGUACGUGGUGGAGUUUGAAGUCCCGCCCGAGGAGGUGCCGGGGGGUGCUGGCACGCCGAUCACCACCAGCAGAAGCCGCCGGUCCAAGUACCAGCGCUCCUCCUCCCGCUCCCACUCCCAGGACCUGGGUCUGGAGUACACGGCCGCCAGGUGCGUCCCCGUCCCGGAGGACAAGCAGGUGGCCGAGGUCGGCCUCCACCAGCUGGAGGUGAGGAGGGUGUGCAGCCCGCGGGAGGGGCUGAGAUCCAAGGCCGUCAUCAAGCCGGCCAUCAUCGCCAUCGACAAGAAGGAGGUGAUGAGCACCGGGGCAGAGACGGGCGCCGGGGGACAGCGGUCACCCCCCAGACCGGGGCCGAACAAAGUGACCAGCAGCAUCACCAUACCCCCAUCAGAAUUGUCCUCGCAGCGGCCCGGCAUGGCCGGAACGACCAAGGAGAUCCACACCUCCACCAGUAACAUCACCAUCGGCACGAGUGACAACAUCGCCCACAGGAGCAACUUGACCAUCCCGUACGAGAUCUCCAUCCACCGCAGCGACAUCACCGUGAAGAUGUCGGGCUCGGGCUCAGACAGCAGCGACGAGGACGGGACGGAGUCGGUGUCCGGGCUGUCGGUCAGCACCAGGGUGGGGGUCAAGGUGGCCGGGGGUGGGGGGGCCAGCGAGCAGGAUUUGGGGGGCAGCCCCUCCCCCACCACCACCACCACCACCCCGUCCUACAGGAGGGGCGGCCAGGAUGUGGACGGGCCGGACAGGUCCAGCUGGAGGAGCGGCCGGGCAUCGGAGGUGUCGGCCGAGCCGGCCAAGCGGGAGAAGGACCUGGGGCUGGACUACUCGCGACUGGCCAACAGGAGGACGGGUCAGGGGCGCCAGGGGGGGGAGUCGGCAGGAGGGGGCGCUGCCCUGUCCGAGGGCUACACCCGGAGGCUCAGCAACUUCUCCAACUCCUCGGAUUCCUCGGAGUCCCGGAGGAGCUCGGUGUCGGAGCCGGGCCGGAGUUACCUGCCGAUGGACACAGCAGCACGGCGGAGGCAGCACACCGCCUCGGUGGCGUCCAAGGUGGCCGACUGGAACAACAGCUGUACUAUGACAGGGCAGGACAGCUCGGACCUUCUCUCCGCACUCAACUCCAGCGUAAUGUCCAAGCGGAAGGAGAUGGCCAAGCAGAUCCUGUCGGAGCUGGUGACGGAGAGGGUGCCUCGAGCUGACCCUGCGGGCAAGAGGCAGUCGGUCAAACUUGAACUGAGGAGGAACGCCGAGGGCAGCCCGACCCAUUCGAGCGGGUCCAGGAGCGAGGACACCACCCCUGUAGGCAUCCUGUCGCAGAUGCGGAUGACUUCGAGGCGGUGAGGCUUCCGCUAGGAAUCAUCAAAGUUGCACGGCAGUUUUUAACGUCGACACACCGCACUGCGCAAGCUUCCGCAAAAGUAGGGAACAUGUUCCAUCCUGUGCACUCUCUGAACUCAAAGCAAUCAUAUUUACGCCUAUAUUUUUCUAGAACCGAUCACUCUGGCAGCCGCUGUCGGCAGUCGGGGGAGGCAAAUGUAAUUAUUUCAACUCAGGGGGAAGGAGACGGGGGAUCGGAGUGAACGGAGAAUCCGUCGUCUCUCGUGACGGCUCAGCGAGUGCGGGAAAGACACUUGAGCCUGUGUGGGAUGAGAGAGAAUCAGGAAAUCCUCAGGUGGUUGCAAGCGGGAGGCCCGUUGGAAAAGGCAGUACAAUCAUCGUCAGAUACCUCCCCGGGUGAAAGUUGUACAAAAUCUGCAUAUCCUACGUGACAUUCUAAAAGAUAAGACCUCAGUAAGUAUUAAAAGUCUGCAGUGUAACGGAUUAAAGUGGGCGCGCUGCCAAACGCAGCCCAGUAUGUAUAUAAUUGUUCUUUGUACUUGGUGAAAGUUUUCUUUUAAACGGGAAAAAAAAAGGUUUUGAAAGAGAAGUCUUUUUAAAUUUAAAAAAAAACGAAAAAUGAGGAACCAGGAGAGACUUGGUGAAGCGGAAUGCACAGGAGUGUCACAUCCACCUGUUCUCCGUGCCGACACCAUGGCCACGGAGUUGGAACGGUGCCUGAACGGAGGAGCCAAAGAGACACAGAACGCUGGAGACAUCUGGGUAUUCAGACUCUCCACGUUACUGAUGGCACCCUGAAUCACCCUGCAUCCUUUCACACCCCAAGUCCAUUCUCACUUCUGCUUUUACUGUGCCAUUUUUACAUUGAGGAAACUCACCCUUACAAACUCACUCAAGUAAUUCAAAGUUUUGCCUCUGACAAUAAACACUAUACUGGACAUUCCUUCCCCUCCCGGAAAUUCCACAGACCAGCUUUAGUUUAGAGAUACAGCACGGAAACAGGCCCUUCGGCCCACUGUGUCCAUGCCGGCCCGUCGAUUAACACUAUCCGAUACACACUUGAGACCGUUUACAAAGUGGAGGGAGGGACUGCAGAUGCUGGCUUACACCAAAGAAAGACACAAAAUGCUGGAGUAACUCAGAGGGACAGGCAGCAUCUCUGGAGAGAAGGAAUGGGUGACGUCUAGGGUCGAGACCCUUCUACAGGCAGACAAUUUACAAUUCUUACCAAAGCCAAUUAACCUCCCACUUUGGAUUGUGGGAGGAAACUGGAGCACCUGGAGAAAACCCACGCGGUCACGGGGAGAACGUGCAAACUCCACACAGACAGCACCCGUGGUCAGGAUGGAACCCGGGUCUCUGGCGUUGGCAGACAGCGUGUCUACCACUGCGCCUCCACGCCGCCCCCUGCUGGAUCAACGGCAUCGGCCCUGUGCAUCCCCACAGCAAACUCACGGCCCAGUCGCAGCACGAAGGCGCAGCGAUAGAGUUGCUGCCUCACAGCGCCAGAGACCCGGGUGCGAUCCUGACCACGGGCGCUGCCUGUACAGAGUUUGUACCUUCCCCAGAGAGGUCUCGACUUAAAAGAGUCAAUUUAACCUCUUAAAGUCGGCAAAAGCUUGUGUACGCCCAGCCUGAUCCUAGAGAUUUUCCUUUAAGGUUUUACUUUAGUUUAGUUUAGAGAUACAGCGGGGAAACAGGCCCUUCGGCCCACCGAGUCUGCCCCGACCAGCGACCCCCACACACCAACACUAACCUACACACACCAGGGAUUGUUUUUACAAUUGUACCCAAGCCAAUUAACCUGCAAACCUGCACGUCUUUGGAGUGGGGGAGGAAACCGAAGUUCUCAGAGAAAACCCACGGGGAGAACGUGCAAACUCCGUACAGACAGCACCCGUAGUCGGGGUCGAACCGCUGAGCCACCGUGGAUAAACAAUACUAAUUGCUGGAAUAAUUAUUGAUGAUUAUUCUGUUAAUUACCCAAAACAGCUCAUUUAAAAGAUUACUAUGAGUUAUGGGCAGGAAUCCAAUUUUAACCCCCAUAAAAGAUAAUAUUUGGUUUAUAAAAUAUACCUUCUUGUGAGCAACAGCAUUCAUGGAGAGAUCAAAAUGGGUUAGGAUAGGAUUGGGGGUAAAAAUAGGUGGUCAAUGUCUGAUAGGAGCUUGGUGGGCUGAAGUGUCCACACUCCAUCUAUAAACUAAACUGCGGGAGUAACUCAUCAGGUCAGGGGGCUACUCCGGACAACAUGGAUUGGCGGUAUUUUGGCUCGUGACCCAUCUACAGUCCAGAUAGAAUCCCAAUCUGAAACAUCCUCCAGAGAUGAUGCUUGUCCAAUGUCCGCAAUGGGGUAGAGGUGAAUCGGACAGCACCCUAGCGAAUGGAAGGGCCGUUCAGAUGACUGAUAACAGAGGGGAAGAAACUCUUCCUGAAUUUGUCAAACCAGGGUUAUAUUCGGUUUCCUCCCACACUCCAAAGACGUACAGGUUUGUAGGUUAAUUGGCUUUGGUAUAAAUGUAAAAAAUGUCCCUAGUGUUAGAUGUGCGGGGAUCGCUGGUCGGUGCGGACUCGAUGGGCCAAAGGGCCUGUUUGCGUGCUGUAUCUCUAAACUUAACUAAACUAAGUUUGUGUGCCACUUUCUCUUGUGGAUGUUACAAUUCACUCGAGAAGAUGAUCUUUGCAGCCAAUCAUUCCGGAUGUAAUGCUACUGAGUGAUGACAUGCUUAAGAGAUCUCUUUACAUUGUGUAUACCUCAUUGCUUAUCCACCUUGUAUACACACACAGAGUCAUACAGUGUGGAAACAGGCCCUUCGGCCCGACCUGCCCACACCGGCCAACAUGUCCCGUCUACACUAGUCCCACCCGUCUGCCUUAACCCCUCUCCCUCCAACCCUGUCCUAUCCAUGUACCUGUCGAAAAUGUUUCUUAAACGUUGCAAUAGUCCCUGCCUCAACUACCUCCUCCUCUGCCAGCUCGUUCCAUACACCCACCACCCUUUGUGUGAAAAGAUUACCCCUCAGGUUCCUGUUAAAUCUUUCUCCCCACCCCCACCUCACCUUAAAAAUCCUCUGGUUCUCGAUUCCAUUUCUCUGGGCACGAGACUCUGUGCAUCUCCCUGAUCUAUCCUUUCAUGAUUUUAUGCAGGGGUUACUAGAAGCUCACAACAGAAAAAACUAUUCCUUUUUCCCCAGUUUCCUACCUGCAUUUAUCCUUCAUAAGUGAUAGGAGUAGAAUUCAGCCAAUCCCCGCCUUAAAAAUGUCCACUGACUCGGCCUCCACAGCCGUCUGUGUGGCAAUGAAUCCCACAGAUUCACCACCCUCUGACUAAAGAACUCAGUCACUGGUGGCCUGAACUCAGCUGCUUUAGGUGGCUUUCUCAAAAGAGGUAUAGACCCACUAUCUCGGCAAAGGGCCAGUGGAUGCGUAGAUAGACACACAAAAAGCCGGAGGAACUCAGCGGGACAGACAGUGUCUCUGGAGCCGAGGAAUACUCCCAACACCUGUAGAUGUGUGUUGGGAAUGUAGCUGGAGUUGCGUUGAAGUUUGCCUUUGCCAAAGUCUGUGUGCGGGCCUGCCCUACUGUGAAUCCACUGCACUGCUGUAGAGUUCUGACGGGAUGUCUAUCAGCGGCCCAUCAUUUCGCCACUACCCGCCUGCUCUCUCCACACUGCUGUCCGAGCCCCGAGACACACGUACAAACACACUCACUCCUGUGGACUCCAGCAUCUUGCACCCGUCUUCUUGUAGAACCAAACACACACAAGCUCUCUCUCUCUCUCACUCCCUCUGAGUGUCGUGUAAGAUGUAUCAAAGAGAGAUAUUUGACAAUGAAACUGUGAUAGCGUUGAGUAGCAUUACAGCCUUAACGCUCGCCGGCCCCUGAGGUUUCCACCGCCCACAGCCUAGUGCUAGUUUGUAUCGCCUCUUGCCUUGUUUCAGUUGCUACCUGUGCAUUAACUGGUCUUGCCAAAAACACCGCCUUGUCUGUCCCCACCCUCACCCCCCCACCUCAGUGAACCCACAGACUCCUCGAAUACAGAUACAGCAGCCACAUUGACUGAGCAGACAGACAAGGAGGCAUGAUGUAAACAUUUUUCGUUCGUUUGUUUGUUUGUUUAAGCGGCAAUUCUCCAAAAUAGUUUAAGGAAAAAAAAAUGCAAGUAUAACACGAGGUUAUGUAACAAAGUAGUUUCAAUUACAUUAUUUAUUUGGUAAGAUGCAUUCUAAACGGUAUUUUAAAUAGCUUGCAAUAUCAAACAGUGUCGAUCUGCUCCACACAUCAAACAAACAAUAAGACGUUGCAAGCCCGAAGGCAGAAGUUCUGACGGUCUGUACACCGUGCAUGUCGAUCUCAUUGACUCUUCUCAUGGAGUUUUCUGCAUGUAAACGCUCCUGACUUUAAACCUGUCCACUGAACAAAUAAAAAAUAUAUAUUAAUCAUAACUGGUGUGGUGCAUA